AUGCAGUACCGUGUGAUCAUGGCGGUCACUCUGGCCAUUGGUGCCUAUGCCGCUCCCGCUCCCCUCAUCACUGGUGCCCCAUCUCUCUCUCGUCGUCAGGAUAGCGAGGGUGGUUCUGGUGGUUCUGGUGGAAGCAGUGUUCUCGACGCUCCCAUGACCAUCGCUGCCGGCGAAUCAUUCGACGGUGGCAAUGCUAUCUUCGACCGUGGUGUUUCUUGCACAGGUCAGGAGGAGGGCGGCGACUCUGAUGCCGUCUUCAUCCUCGAGAAGGGCGCCACUCUUUCCAACGUCCGCAUUGGUCCCAACCAGAUCGAGGGUGUUCACUGCAACGGUGGCUGCACUCUUAACAACGUCGUAUGGGACGCCGUCUGCGAGGAUGCUUUCUCUAUUAAGAAGCAGGAAGAUGGUGAGACCACUACCAUCAACGGUGGCGGCGCUACCGGCGCCGAGGACAAGGUCAUCCAGCACAACGGUGGAGGUACCGUUAUCAUCAAGGACUUUGUGGUCUCCCACUUUGGCAAGCUCUACCGCAGCUGCGGUAACUGCAAGGAGAUGCCCGCUCGCCACGUCGAGAUCUCUGGUGGUUCUGCCAGCGAUGGAAAGAUCCUUGUCGGCAUCAACCCUAACAUGGGCGACACCGCAAAGAUCUCCGGCAUCCAACUCACCGACGUUCCCAAGGAGUGUAUCACUUUCGAGGGUGUCACAGACGGCAGUGAGCCCAAGGAGGUUGGCACUUGCGACGGCUCAGGCUCCGGUUCUGGCUCAGGCACAGGCUCUGGAGAAUCUACUGAGGCCCCUGCUACCCCUACUACUCCUGCCGAAGGCUCUGAGACCCCUGCCGCAUCUGAGGUUGCUGACCCUGUUGAGACUUCUACUGAUGGCUCUCAGGGUGACGACCAAUCUGGCGACAACGAUGAUUCUGAUGAUGACAACAAGGACGACAACUCUGCCGACGAGAACAAGGAUGAGCAGUCCGACAACGAGAACCAGGACCAAGACUCUGAGUCUGAGAACAAGCAGACCCAGCCUUCUCAGCCCAACUUCAACUUUGGAAGUGGUGGCUUCGGUGGUUUCUAA